CCGGACCUGGCCGCUCGGUGGCGCCACCCGCCGCAGCGCGCGCACUGAGCGUCGUUAAAUCUGCGGCUCGAAGCGGAAGCACUUCAUUGGUCCGCGAGGCCAAGAUCACCGCGAGCUGCACGUCAAGAUGGCUCAGAGGCUGCUGGUACGUAGAAUCUGGACGGUCUCGGUGAAAGACAUCCGCCGCUUCCCAGCACCCGCCGCCGCCACCACAGCGGCGUCCUCUUGUUUUUCCACCUCCCUGCAGCCUGCAGCGACCCGGGUCUCCUUCCUCGCUCCCUCGCGCUCCCUGCCUCGCUCCCUUCCUCACGCCUCCCGCAGGGAAGUCUCCUUCAACGUUCAGGACCACGAGGACUUCACAGAGAGGGUCAUCAACAGCCAGCUGCCCGUGCUCAUUGACUUCCACGCACAGUGGUGCGGUCCCUGUAAGAUCCUCGGGCCGAGGUUGGAGAAGGCUGUCGCGAAACAGAAAGGCCGUGUUGCCAUGGCGAAAGUUGACAUAGACGAUCACACAGACCUGGCUAUCGAAUACGGGGUGUCUGCCGUUCCGACGGUAAUCGCCAUGCGUGGAGGCGACGUCGUCGACCAUUUUGUGGGAAUCAAAGAUGAUGAUGAGCUGGACUCAUUUGUCAGCAAGAUCAUUGGACAAUAAACCAGCUGUUAUCCCCCCACACCCCCACCCUCUGCCAAUCACCACCGCUAUGGUGCUGUGUUUUUGUAUGAUUCAGGCAUGAUGAUGGCCGGCAGCAGCAGCACUUUGCCUCCAUUGUGAGCCUGUUUCGCAGCAACAGAUACAACAAAAACAAAACCACGCCACAAUCCCUGCUGGCAAACUCAAGCGCUCACACCCAUCCCAAGACACACAGCUUCAGCUUUAUUGUUGCAUCUGUCUUUCCGUCUCUCGUUGUUGUUGUUUUGUCCUGUGAUGGGUGUGUGCCUCCAUUAUUCCAGCAGUUUAACUUCUCUUUUAUAAGGUGACGGCUACACGGCUCUAUAUUCGUACCAGUAGAGCGGCCGGUGUGUAAUAGUCUGCUGUAAACGUACAUCGUUGUGAUGCACUUAUAUACUUUAUAACAUGAGGGAUGAACGUGUCUAGUUUUAGUCGGUGGAGAGGAUUUGAUUUAAAAAAACAAACCUGACAAUACUGAAUGAGGCUUGUGACAGUAUUAUCUGUAGUUCCUGCUUCUUUUUUGGCCACAAGAUGGUGGCAUUUCUCUAACAGCGCGAAGCCACACACGGUCAUCUUACACCAUUAUGCCUAAUAAUGUGAGCAAGGAAGAUGGGUGCUUAUAUGUGUGCGUGUGUGUGUGUAUGUAUGUAUGUGUGUGUGUUUCUGGGGUCUCCUGACUGUGAAACUUAAGUCAAGCGGGAAUUGCAAAUACAAGUUUGAUUUUAGUUUAUAACCAAAAUGAACUCGGUGUACCGGAAACAUGACCAAGUGAAGUAAUAAAAGGAGUCAAAAGAUGUUC